UGCCACAGAAGUCACUGAGAUUUAGAGGCAGCCUGGCCAGACUCUGGAGCCAGAAUGAAGAUGCCAGACCAUGUCCACACCUGCAGCAGCAUCCUGAUCUUGUCCGCACUGCUGUUACCGGUCCUCCAGACUGUCACUGCUCAGAAGAAUGGCAUCGACAUCUAUAGCCUCACUGUGGACUCCAAGGUCUCCUCCCGAUUUGCCCAUACGGUCAUCACCAGCCGGGUGGUCAACAAAGCUGAUGCUGUGCAGGAGGCCACCUUCCAGAUGGAGCUACCCAAGAAAGCCUUCAUCACCAACUUCUCCAUGAUCAUCGACGGUGUGACCUAUCCGGGGAAUAUCAAGGAGAAGGCUAUGGCCCAGGAGCAGUACAGCACAGCUGUGCGCAGAGGGGAGAGUGCUGGCCUCAUCAAGGCCACUGGGAGAAAGAUGGAGGAGUUCCAAGUGUCGGUCAGUGUGGCUCCUGCUGCCAAGAUUACUUUUGAGCUGGUGUAUGAGGAGCUACUCAGGCGGCAUCUGGGGGUAUAUGAGCUGCUACUCAAAGUACGGCCCCAGCAGCUGGUCAAGCACCUGCAGAUGGACAUUCACAUCUUUGAGCCUCAGGGCAUCAGCUUCCUGGAGACAGAGAGCACUUUCAUGACCAACGAGCUAGCCAGUGCCCUCACCACCACGCAGAAUAAGAACAAGGCUCACAUCCAGUUCAAGCCCACACUCUCCCAGCAGCAAAAGACUGCAGGUCAGCAAGAUACAGUCCUGGAUGGCAACUUCAUUGUCCGCUAUGAUGUGAACCGGACCGCCUCUGGGAGCUCCAUUCAGAUUGAGAAUGGCUACUUUGUGCACUACUUCGCCCCAGAAGGUCUGCCCACAAUGCCCAAGAAUGUGGUCUUUGUCAUUGACAAGAGUGGUUCAAUGAGCGGCAGGAAGAUACAGCAGACCCGGGAAGCCCUCAUCAAGAUCCUAAGUGACCUCAACCCCAGGGAUCUGUUCAACAUCAUUGUCUUCAGUGAGGAAGCAACCCAGUGGAAGCCAGCAUUGGUGCCAGCAUCAGAGGAGAAUGUGAGCAUGGCCAAGAGCUAUGCUGCCACCAUCUAUGCCUCUGGAGGAACCAACAUCAAUGAUGCGAUGCUGAUGGCUGUGCAGCUGCUGGAAAGCAGCAACCGAGCUGAGCUGCUGUCUGCCGGGAGCGUCUCCCUCAUCAUCCUGCUCACUGAUGGCGACCCCACUGUGGGGGAGACCAAUCCCAAAAAGAUCCAGAAGAACGUGCAGGAAGCCAUAGGCAACCAGUACAGCCUCUUCUGCCUCGGCUUUGGCUUUGAUGUCAGCUAUGCCUUCCUGGAGAAGCUGGCACUGGACAAUGGUGGGCUAGCUCGACGCAUCUAUGAAGACUCAGACUCUGCCUUGCAACUUCAGGACUUCUACCAGGAGGUGGCCAAUCCACUGCUGACAAACGUGGCCUUCCAGUACCCAAGCAACGCUGUGGAAGAGGUCACACAAGACAAUUUCCGACUCCUCUUCAAGGGCUCAGAGAUGGUAGUAGCUGGAAAGCUCCGGGACCAGCGCUCUGAUGUGUUCUCAGCCAAAGUCAGUGGACAGAUGGAUAUGCAGAACGUCACCUUCGAGACAGAGUCCAGCACUGCUGAGCAGGAGAAGUUGUUCCAGAGUCCUAAGUACAUCUUCCACAACUUCAUGGAGAGGCUCUGGGCAUACCUGACCAUCCAACAGCUGCUGGAGAAUUCUGUUUCAGCAUCAGAUGCCGAAUCUAAGGCCCUCAAGUCCCGAGCUCUGAACUUAUCUCUCAACUACAACUUUGUCACUCCCCUCACAUCUAUGGUGGUCACCAAACCUGAAGGCCAGGAGCAGUCUCAAGUGGCUAACAAGCCUGUGGAGGACGAUAAUAGACACACGAAUGUCCCCAGAGGAGGUCAUGUUUCAAGAUUGCAUAUGGCAAGAGGACGGCCCAGAAACCCAGGUACUUCUAACUUCCCUACAAGUUUUGGAGCUGGAGCUCUUGGUGCUGCUGGGAGAUUCAAACACGCUAGACCUCUUGAUGUUCUACCUGAAAUAGCUGUGCCUCCUCUUCAUGAUCCCCAUCCACCUGUUUCUGGCUCCUUACUGCUUCAGAACUGGAACAGGAUGACAGGCAUAGACCUCAUUGCAUCCGCUUCAAGGCCAAUGAUUCUCCCAGAUCUCAUUCAAGAAGCAACUAUAGUAGCUCCAACUCCAGCUUCUGUCCAGCCUCCCACUGUCAUCCUGCUGCUGCCGGAGCCCAGUGUGGACCGACUUUGUGUGGACAUCAGACACACGCAGGGUCCCAUGGACCUGCUUUUGGACCCUGGCCAAGGGCUUGAGGUGACUGGCGAGUACAAGGCAGAGAAGGCGGGGUUCUGGUGGAUCAAGGUGACCUUUAAGAACCCCGAGCUGCAGGUUCAUGUAUCCCCUGAACGCAUAGUGGUGACCCGGAACCGAAGAAACUCUGCAUACAACUGGAAGGAGACACUGUUCUCAGUAUUGCCUGGCCUGAAGAUGACCAUGAACCAGACAGGACUCCUGCUGCUCAGUGGCCCAGACAAAGUAACCAUUGGCCUGUCGUCUCAGAAUAGUCCUGCAAAGGGGCUCCUGCUCUUUCUGCGUGACACUGACCGCUUCUCCAGCCACGUCAGAGGGACCCUCGGUCAGUUUUACCAAGAUGUGCUCUGGGAGCCACCAGCAGCUACAGAUGACACCAGACGCAAGCUGAAGGUUCAAGGGAAGGAGUACUCUGCCACCAGAGAGCUCAAGUUGGAUCACCAAGAAGGGACAGAGAUUUCCUGCUGGAAGGUGGAGCUGUAGUUCAGAUAAAAGGAGUCCAUGCCCUCCCCCUGCUGCCCUGUUGUGUGCAGGUGGCUGCAGGGAUCCCCUGUGGGGCCUGAAUCACAAUGGAAAAGGGGAUUCCCACUUGUUACAAAUAAAAAUGGUGUGAGCCAAAGAAGGAGGUGACUCUGGCUUCACAUCAAAUCACAA